AUGGCGUCUCAGCAAGACCUACAAGAGCUGCUCCGGCUCUUGACCAUGGCAAAGGUUCCCAUCAAGGACGCCAUAAUGCGUGUCAAGGCACUCCAAGCCAAGAACCUCAGAACGAUACAGCAGAUAGCAGAAGCACCCCUCUCUGACAUUGAGGCUGCCAUCACCGAUGCAAAGGCGGCCAGGAGUCUUCACAAUGCCUGUAAAGCCCGACUGAAGAAUCCCAGUCUUUCGUCAUCCAGCAAACGCGCGGGUGCAGAGCUCCUCAGCGCGGCGCAGAAACGCUCCAAAUCAUCCUCGUCCGAGGGCUUCCUAGACGAGCGGACCCCAUUGCCUCCCGCCGAGUAUGAGGCUUCCCUCGCGCUUCCCUGUGAGACUGACGAGGACAUGAUCUCUAGAACGACCUUAGUGACGAAUCGUGCGCCCCUUGUUCUGGCAUUCGCGGUGGAGCUACUGCGGUACACGAUGCCAGAGCAGCCACCUAGUUCUCGGUUGAGUCUUGCGCAGGCUGUCGUCAGUGCCAAUUCCCGGAGCAAGGCCGUAAGUAUUGGACUCGAAAAGGGUCCCAGUGCCGAUGAUGAGGGUUGGGGUCACGGACAGCCAAGGAUCAAGGUGAUGGGUCGUGAGAUCGCUGUAUUGAAGAGGGGUGGGUAUGAGUGGACAGGACAGGAGGAGAGAGAAGAGAAGGACAAGGUCAAGGAAGAGGCUUCUAUGGCUAGUAGUAAUACUGUGCAAGGAUCGGAAGAAUAUGACACAAAGCGAGCCGAGCCUACGGCAGAAUCGACCAUUGAACAAAUAUCAAAAACAUGGUCAGCAAGCUCGCCCGUCACGUUUAAGGAAUCGACCUUUAUUGUGCGGGCAACAAAAAUCACACAGGUCUCGGAGCGACAGUCAAGCAUGCAAAGCCUCUUCAAGGCAAUACCCAACCUUCAGACAGCAUCACAUAAUGCUUGGGCCUACCGAGUGAAAAAGCCAGACAUGUUUGGCUCUUUCACCAUCAGAGAAGGAUCCGACGACGAUGGCGAGUCUGGUUGCGGCGACUUCCUGCUCAAGACCAUGCGCGAAUCUGAUACCAUAGACACGCUCGUGGUCAUGACGCGCUGGUAUGGCGGUAUCAUGCUUGGUCCGGACCGAUGGCGAAUCAUGAGGAAUUGCCUCAAAGAGGCACUUGCUGAACGAUUACGUAUCACAGGCGAGCGUGCCACCCUGACUGGCGAAGCUGUUUGGGGUCUUGACGCGGAAGCGAUGAAGCAAAAAUCAACAACUGCGUCAACCGGCGCGAGAUCACGCGACGGGGGCGUCGUGGGCAUGCCAGUUCAUACACCAGAGUCGGCACGGAACUACCUGAUGAGGAGCUUUGCUGACCGAAAAGAAGAGGGCGUGGCGUCUGAAGUGACAUCGCCGCCAAAGAAGAAGACCGCCAAGGUUCUCGAGACCGAGAAACAGGAGAAUCUGGGGCGGCUACUAGGAGCGCUACGGCUGUUGUAUGACAGUUGGGCUGAUCAUUUAAGCGCCGCCGAGCUCGACAGGCGUGCGUGGACCUGGUAUUCCACAGUGCGUCCCGAGGUUGCGGGUGGACAGGCGGGAUGGGGUGCCAAGGGUGACCUCAAGUUGAAGAGCAUACUCGAUUUACGGCGCAAGGAGUCGUAG